AUGCCUAAAAAAUUAUCUAAAGAAUUUUUUCAAGCACUUGGUUGCUUUGAUUACAAUGCAGCAAACAAAUUAUCAACCAAGAUUUCAAAAUUAAAUGUAAUUUUAGGCAAUCUAUUUACAACAUUAAUAAAAUGUGAACAAUCUUAUACUUCAUUAGAAUACGUGAAAACAAAAUCCACAAAGAAAGAAGAAGUAAGAUAUCAAGCAAUUCCCAUUAAUUUUCCAAACAUUAAUCCAGAAAGUUUAGUCAAAGAAAUUGAAGAAGUUUUAACAAAAAUCAAUGAGAUAAAAUUAAAUGAAAAAUUAGGACCAUUGGGGAUUGGGGUUGAGAAAGAAGUCUUUUUAUUAAAACAUCUUUUUCUAGCACGUAAAGCAAUUGCGUAUUAUAAUUUUAAAGAUUCAACCAUUAAUCUUUUCAAGGCAAAGAUUAAUCUUACAUCAUGGAAAGAUAUUUGCUCACAACAGAUAUAUUCAGAAAAAUCAAGUAGCAAGAGUGAAGAAUCUACAAGUUCAUUUUUUCAAAGUUUCUUUUCUUCUAGUUCUGAUAAGCAGACAAAAAACAUAAAACGUGGAAAUGAUUCUCCUAAUCAUAUAAAAUGGCUUGAAAAAUUUUUAACUAGUCUAACAGCUAAAAUGACAUUAUAUUUUAUGGAUAUUUUGUUAGAAAGAGAAAAAUCCCCUACAAAUAUUAAAUCUUUGUGGAGAAGAAUUGAUAUAGAUUAUUAUGGAUUGAUUCGUAAUUUUCAAAAAAAAUCUGGUGCGCUUAGUAUUUUGCUAAUAUAUGAAGUAUCAGAUGAUAUUCCAUUUUAUCCACAGGGUUAUGUAUGUGGUGGACUGAAAUAUGAGAAACCAAUUGGCUUAAGCUCCUUUCCAUGUAUUUACAGUUAUCCAAAGGAAACACCUUCAAAUCAUUGGGCAAAUAUUAUUUCUAUUAUGCAUGACAAAGAUCCAUCAAAACACACAUUAUUUAAUCAUGUAAACCCAAUAUAUUUUUUUGAUAAAAAAUUUGGAAGUUCAUAUUAUUAUAUUAGAAUUGAUGAAUUUGUUGUUCUAGUGAUAAUAUUUUUAGAAAAGAAUUCUACAAGAGAUAAUAAUACAAUAGAUUUUAUAACAAGUUUAGCAAAAAAAUUAAGCGAUUUAGAAAUAUUAACAAGUUUAGUUAAUGGUCAAAUUAAUUGA